CAUGGGUCCCUCUGAGGUGGACCUUCAAGGGGCUGAUGACCAUUUUCAGCCUCGUAUCUCCCUCCCCUCAGGGAACCUAGAACAAGCCAAUGAGGAACUGCGGGCCAUAAUCAAGAAGAUCUGGAAGCGGACCAGCAUGAAGCUGCUGGACCAAGUGGUGCCCCCAGCAGGUGAUGACGAGGUCACAGUUGGCAAGUUUUAUGCUACUUUCCUGAUCCAAGAGUACUUCCGGAGAUUCAAGAAGCGCAAAGAGCAGGGCCUGGUGGGCAAACCCUCCCAGAGGAACGCCCUAUCCCUGCAGGCUGGCUUGCGCACGCUGCAUGACAUUGGGCCUGAGAUCCGACGGGCCAUUUCUGGAGAUCUGACGGCUGAGGAGGAGUUGGACAAGGCCAUGAAGGAGGCUGUGUCUGCUGCCUCUGAAGAUGACAUCUUCCGGAGGGCCGGUGGCCUGUUCGGCAACCACGUCAGCUACUACCAAAGUGACGGCCGGAGCGCCUUCCCCCAGACCUUCACCACCCAGCGCCCACUGCACAUCAACAAGGCGGCUAACAGCCAAGGCGACACCGAGUCGCCAUCCCACGAGAAACUGGUGGACUCCACUUUCACCCCCAGCAGCUACUCAUCUACUGGCUCCAACGCCAACAUCAACAAUGCCAACAACACUGCCCUGGGCCGCUUCCCCCGCCCCGCUGGCUACCCCAGCGCAGUCAGCACCGUGGAGGGCCACGGGCCCCCCUUGUCUCCUGCCGUCCGGGUACAGGAGGCCGCAUGGAAGCUCAGCUCCAAGAGGUGCCACUCCCGGGAGAGCCAGAUCGCCAUGGUGUGUCAGGAGGAGGUCUCUCAGGACGAGACCUAUGAGGUGAAGCUGAGCGAGGACACAGAGUACUGCAGCGAGCCCAGCCUGAUCUCUACAGAGCUGCUCUCCUAUCAGGGUGAUGAAAACCGGCAAUUAACACCGCCUGAGGAGGACAAGAGAGACAUCCGGCAAUCUCCAAAGAGGGGUUUCCUCCGCUCUGCCUCACUAGGUCGAAGGGCCUCCUUCCACCUGGAAUGCCUGAAGCGACAGAAGAAUCAAGGCGGAGACAUCUCUCAGAAGACAGUCCUGCCCUUGCAUCUGGUUCAUCAUCAGGCAUUGGCAGUGGCGGGCCUGAGCCCCCUCCUCCAGAGAAGCCAUUCCCCGAGCACGUUCCCCAGGCCGUGCGCCACGCCCCCAGCCACACCCGGCAGUCAAGGCUGGCCCCCGCAGCCCAUCCCCACUCUGCGGCUGGAGGGGGCCGAGUCCAGCGAGAAACUCAACAACAGCUUCCCGACCAUCCACUGCAGCUCCUGGUCCGGGGAGCCCGCGCCCUGCGGUGGGGGCAGCAGCGCCCUGCGGAGAGCCCGGCCGGUGUCCCUCACUGUGCCCAGCCGGGCUGGGGCCCGGGGCCGGCCGUUCUACGGCAGUGCCAGCAGCCUGGUGGGAGCGGUCUUGAUUUCAGAAGGACUGGGGCAGUUUGCUCAAGAUCCCAAGUUUAUCGAGGUCACAACCCAGGAGCUGGCUGACGCAUGUGACAUGACCAUAGAGGAGAUGGAGAACGCCGCUGACAACAUCCUCAGUGGGGGCGCCCAGCAGAGCCCCAACGGCACCCUACUACCUUUUGUUAACUGCAGGGACCCAGGGCAGGACAGAGCGGGGGGCCAAGAGGGCGAGAGCUGCACUGGGGCUCGGGCGUGUGGGAAGAGCGAGGAGGAGCGCCAGGACAGCAGAGCCCACGCCGGCAGCCUGUAGUUGCUAGGGCUGGGGAGACGCUGGGUUUUUUAUUUGUUUCAAUGUUCCUAAUGGGUUCGUUUCAGAAGUGCCUCACUGUUCUCGUGACCUGGAGUUAACCGGAACAGCGUCUUCAUUCAUUUCGUUGGGACAAGACGCAGAGUUGGGUGGUGUGCAGAGUCUGUUUUCCGGGGGGAAAGAAGGCAGCAACCCCAGUUAGUGUUGUGUCCACAGAGGUAGAGUGGUGAGGAGGAGUGGAAGGAUCAGGGAGAGAGAGAAAGAGAAGAGACGCCUGCCCUCCCCUCCGGGCAUGAAGGAGAGCCUCAGCUUCCUGCGGUAGCCCUCACCAAAAGGACCCUAUGUCAAACGGGUGUCUUUCAACUUUGCUUGUAAAAAAAAAAAAAAAAAAAAAUCAUUUUGCACAUAUUCUGUAUGAGCCUCACUGUCUCCAUAGAGCCAGGGCCCUGUGGAUUUGCAGAAGGAAGAAGGGUGUGACUUCAGCGAGGACCCAGCAGCGUCCUGGAGAGUGAAGAGUGAAGCAAGAGGCGGCGGCAGGAACCCCAACGGGGAGAGGAGUGCCACCGGCGGGUGGCAGCCUCAAGGCCAAGGCUCCGUGGCCACCGCCUCCCCCCUUGCCCCCCCACCCCGCCCCGCCACGCGUCUGCGUCAGUAUCCCGGUACCUCCACAGGCCCACCAAGCUCCAGACCAGCGGCUAGGCCUACUUCGGGACGAGGGGGCGCUGGCACCACCUGCCAGGGAAGGAGCAGCCCGCCCUUGACGAGACGAGGUGGUGCUGAGCUUCUGUUGAGCUCUCUUUUGUUUUGCGGUUUGACGUUUUUCUUGAUAGCGUGUUGCAGUUUUGUUUUUGUGUUUUUUGAGGGGGGUUGUUUGUUUUGGUUUCAUUUUAAUUUUGUUUUCCCAGGGGGAGGGGAGGAAGAAGUGUUUACAAAGCUUUGUACCCACCCACCUUAUUGUUUUCACCUUUGCAACUGUAAAUCGGGUUUGGUUUUACUGAUUAUUUAAAGGGUUGUGGUUUUCUUUUCCUACGGUAGGUUCAGUGGAGGCACCGUAGGCAAGUUUUACCAGCCAUUGUGUAUGCGCAAUAAUGUGUUAUAAUUUCCAUAGGUAGUAACAAAAAUUUUUUGGUUUGGUUUUAUAAUUUAAAGGU